AUGGAAGAAUCGUCUGAUGGUCUUCAUCUCGACAGAGAUAUUCAAAGAAUUCUUGAAUUGAUCGAACAUGUACAAAAAACCGGUGAACUGAAUAGUCCGAAGCUUACAUCGCUGCAAAAUAUUUUACAAUCUGACUUCUUUUCAUCAGUUCGCGAAGUUUUUGAAAAUGUUUACGAUACUAUCAGUGCUGAUAGUGCUCGAGAGGUGAGAACAAGUGCAACAGCAAAAGCAACUGUAGCAGCAUUUGCAGCAGCUGAGGGACAUGCACAUCCACGAAUUGUUGAACUUCCGAAGACAGACCAAGGUCUUGGAUUCAACGUUAUGGGUGGGAAAGAACAGAAUUCACCUAUUUAUAUAUCUCGUAUUAUUCCCGGAGGUGUCGCUGAUAGAAACGGACAAUUGAAACGUGGUGAUCAGUUGGUUGCGGUAAAUGGAGUUAAUGUUGAGUGGGAAAGUCAUGAAAAAGCUGUGGACUUGUUGAAAUCAGCACGAGGUACCGUGAGAUUGGUUGUACGUUAUACACCACGAUUACUGGACGAAAUGGAGCGACGCUUUGAACGGCAGCGACGGAGGGCGAAUCAAACUAGUCCUGCACCCAUUUUCAAACGAUAG